AUGUCUCAAAAACAACCACCUAUAUCUACAAUUAAGUACUCACAAGGGAUAAAAGGGAGAGAAAGGAUAAAUAAUGAUCAAAAAAGUGGAAGUGUUCAAAGUCAAGCUGGCAAGCCCGACGUUUCAAUUAAAGAUCAAAAUGAAAUCUUGGAUGCCCUUUGCGAAACUUUAUCAGUGAUAGGAGAAUAUAACAAGGCUGUAAAGAGUCAAAAAAGAAAAUCUGAUAAUAGCCUUAAUAAAGUGGUCGAUGUUGACCUUGAUGAUACUAACGUUGAUGCAUCAAUAAUUAAAAAGCGAUCACUAAUACCGCCACCAAUUCUUUCUAAUAUAUAUUUUGGUCUUAACGAAGUAACAAAACAUCUCGAACGAAUGACAAAUCCACAAAUUCGUUCAAGAUUUAACCAUAAAAAUCAUUUAUCUAAUGAUAAUUUGGCAGAUCUUCCUCCACAAUUUUAUUCUCAUUUUCCAACAAUUUGUUGUAUAGCUGGUGGUGUCUUACUUGUUUCAUUACCAUUAGGAGCUUCAAAAAGAAUUUCUGAAGCAGUGAAUUUUAAGGGAGUUUCAUGCAUUGGUGUAAAGACAAAUUCAUUAGCAUUUAUAAGAAUUUAUAAAAUGAUUAGGGAUAAAGUUAAACCCAUAGAUGUACCUUGGUUAAAUCCACUUAAACCAUCAGAAAAUUUGUUAAAGAAACGAAAAAUUACUGAAGAUGAAGAGGAAUUGGAAAAAGAAACAACUUCAUUACUAUUCAAUAAUAUGAUUAAACAAAAAGUGGAGGUUGAAAUUGCUACUUCUUUAUAUACAACAAAAUCACCAUCCAUUUUCUUUUUUAAACAACAACCAAAAGUUAAAAUUUAA